GACACAGACCACUGAGAGCUAUGACCACGAUGGCGAUGAGACCCACGACGACGACGACGACGACGAUGAUGAUGAUGAGCACCACUACCAGCACCACCAAGCUCAAGCUCAUUCUCAAGCUCAAGGACAAGAGAUCAUCCAUCUUCCCCCCUCCACGCGAGAAGCCAUGCAAGACUACCGCGCCGCCCUCGACGAAGCACGCAACCGCCUCGACAGCCUGGGCUUCACGACGCCAAGCCAGCUCCACCGCCAGCACCGCAUCGCCAACGCCUCGGCCAGCGCCCUCGCCGCGCUGCUAAGCUCAACAGCAGCAGGAGCAGCCGCAGCACUAACAACGCCUGGGCAGAGGCAAGGCCGGGGCCAGGAGCAGCAGCAGGAGCAGCAGCAACCACUCGGCAUGCCUCGCAGCGACUUGACCACCUUUGCGAGAGCCAUGGCCCCUCUGGUCAUGGCCAACGUGCAGGACGCCGCGGCGAUCCAGCUCGACUCCAUCAACGCGCGGGUGCACGCGUGGCGCGCGGCACUGGGCCCGGAGCGGUGGCGCGAGCUGCGCGUGGUGGUCACCACGGGACACAUGCCGCGCGCGGGGUUCCUGCCGGGCCAGUACUUUGAGCGCAUGCUACGGGAGAAUGGGAGGACCGGGAGGACCGGGAGGACCAGGGGCUCCUGCGGUGGCAGUGGUGAUAAUGGUGGUACUGGUGCUGAUGGAAGAGGGAGGGGUGACGGUGGAGAGGAGGAGGUCCCCGAGAAACGGCUAUUCUACAUGGAGGUCGCGAGGCCGGACGUUGCGGGCGUGCUGGACUUCCUGGGGACGCAUGUCGUCGAUGGCAAGGCGGGCGUCGAGUUCUUUGGGGACGCGGGCAGGCUGCACAGGGACAUCUUGGCUGAUGCGGCGGCGCGGUAUCUGGAUGGCAUGGACCUGCCGCCGUGGCCUUGAGGAGCUGCACGUGCGAGCAGUUGGUGGUGGUACCGCGGUAGGAUAUGCAAAGAAUCAAGGAGGCAUACCUAAUGGUCCAGAUGUUGAGAAGACGUCGGAUGCCGGAUUUCAGUCGUCAAAGCAUGGCUCACGGGUACGCACGCAUUUCACACAGAGCAUAUGGCUUGAGCUGCGCGGGCUCGCGGAGGCAUUCAAAAGCACAGAUUGCGUUUGACUCGUCUUAGUAUUGCGUGCGUGUGUGCGUAUAUG